GCGGCUUAAGAAUCUUUGUCAAGGACAGGAAGAUGCGCACAGCGAGUAUUGGUAGUCGAAAGAGUGGCGACUUUGGAAGUAUUCGAAGCCUACGGAGUUUAGAAAUGAAUCCCAAGGCCGAUCAAUCUCUCGGAGAUGUCCUCUUUGGCACCGGCACUCCUGCCGCUGCAAGCGACCAUUCCUCUGACUUGAGCUCUACCGACGAAGCUCCUCAAAGCCCAAGCCCUAGUCCACGGCCACAAUCAGCAAUGUCAAGACCAAACUCGAUAAUAUCACGCAGAGCACUCCACUCGCAUUCAGCAGGGCCAUCUUCUGCGGGCAUAGUACCCAACAUUUCAGCGGCCAAUGUCAACCCGCGGCCUGUCUCUUUCCGAAGAGCGACGACCUCUGUCGCACCUGUAGCUUCCAAUUCACAGUCAUUUGCUCAGCCAUCGUCGUCCAGCUCCAAGUCGACCUCACAACCCACUCCAGCCCACUCGAUCUUUUCGACCACAAAGCCACCCUCUAGCUAUGAACAACGAUUAACUGCACAGGAUAUCCCUCCUUUGGAUCCAGAUGCUACACCAAAACCGAAACGUCCACCGUCCUCUUCUGCACCUCCCAUCUUCGUUCCACCAGCCCCAAUCUUCACCAAGAACGCGCCUAAUAUUCAACCGAAACCGCGCGAUUUCGCAUUCGGCAUAGAUGGAAAGGUUACUCCCGCAGGGAUGGUAUCUAGCACACCAAGACCCGCUAUAGCUAAUCAACGAGCAAACUUGCCGCGAGUGCCCUCCGAGCCUCGCUCAUCGGCAGCGGCUAUACAGGACACCCGCCCAACAGAAAGUGACGAGCUGAAGGAAAUGAGGGAGAGGCUUAACAGGAUGAUGCAAGAUAUUGACAGCGUUAGCGACCAGAUUCAGAAGGUGAAGAUGCAGUUGAAGUAA